GCGAAAGAAAUGAGUGAAUGAAAAAACGUAGUAGAUUUUUCUAACCAAAAAUAUACAUACAUAUAUGUCAAAUAAUUCUCUAACCAACAAUCAGGCCAAGAGAGAAAAAAAUGUUUCGAGUUGCACGAUCUGUGUUGGGGAGAACAAAUGCGCUCGUCCAUCACGCGCUUUCAUCGACCGGAGCUCUUCAGUCAAAUGUCGUGCGAAAUGUUCCCAAUCGAGGAUUCACAGCUUUUAAUGCAGGACUAACGAAAUCACUUUGCGCUCCGGAUGCAUUGAAACAUUUACGAUGUCUGCCACAGCAAAUUACACCAACGGCGCUUAGUGCACAGUUGGAAUCGGUGCCAGUGCGAACUGUAUGCAAACAUUCAAUUCAUAAAGAUAAACGGAAGACAGUGAAGGCGGUUAUCAAGCGAUUUUAUCGACUUCAUUGGGGCGGAUGGAUUCGAACUCGAUGUGGUCGCCAUAAAAAAAUGCACAAAAAGAAAAGCAAUCGCAAACAUCGUUUGCGACAACACGUUCUUGUCAAUAAAACGCAAGCCCAUCUGCUUGAUAAAAUGGUAACCAAUUUCUGGAAACGACCAAAAUACUACAUUGACGAUCUGUAUGAACCGUAUCAUGAGCGAACAUACUAUUAUGCAGCACGAAAACCAAUGCCAAAACCAGAAAAACCACUAACAAAACCACUAUCUUGUUGGGAAUUGUCUAAAGCGAAUUAUUGAUGAUGAAACGUUUAGAAAAUAAAUAGAUUUUAUUUGAAAAAAACCAAUCAAAA